AUGUCUAAAAGUUCUGUUCUGGUUCUGGAGAACUUCAUCGGAGGGAAGUUCGUGUCCUGCCAGAGACAUGUGGACUCGUACGACCCGUCCACCGGAGAGGUGUACUGCCAGGUCCCAGACAGCGGGCCGGAGGAGGUGGACGCCGCCGUGGCAGCAGCCAAACAGGCCUUUCCUGAUUGGUCGAGUCGCAGCCCCGAGCAGAGGGCGCAGGUCCUCAACAAGCUGGCCGACCUGAUGGAGCAGAACCUGGAGAAGCUGGCCCAAGCCGAGUCCAGGGACCAAGGUAAAACCGUGACCUUCGCACGGACCGUCGACAUCCCUCGCUCCGUCCACAACUUCCGCUUCUUUGCGUCGUCGGUGUUCCACCAUCUGAGCGACUGCAGCCUGAUGGACCACCUGAGCUGCCUGAACUACACCCAGCGCUGCCCGGUGGGCGUCGCCGGCCUGAUCAGCCCCUGGAACCUGCCCCUCUACCUGCUCACCUGGAAGGUGGCGCCGGCCAUCGCCGCAGGCAACACGGUGGUGGCCAAGCCCAGCGAGAUGACCUCGGUGACGGCCUGGAUGCUGUGCCAGCUGAUGCAGGAGGCCGGUGUUCCCCCAGGUGUGGUCAACAUGGUGUUCGGUACCGGACCCAGAGCCGGCGACGCCCUGGUCGGCCACCCAGACGUCCCGUUGAUCUCCUUCACCGGCUCCACGGCGACCGCCCAGCGAAUCACGGAGCGCAGCGCCCCCUACUGCAAGAAGCUGAGCCUGGAGCUGGGUGGGAAGAACCCGGCCGUCAUCUUCGCUGAUGCAGAUCUGGAGCGAUGCAUCGAGACCACGGUCCGGUCCAGUUUCUCCAACCAGGGAGAAAUCUGUCUGUGCACCAGCAGGAUCUACGUAGAGCGAAGCAUUUACUCUGAGUUCCUGCACAAGUUUGUUUCUGCAGCUAAGAGGUGGAAGACCGGCGCUCCGUCAGACCCGAGCAACAACAACGGAGCCCUGAUCAGUAAAGAGCACCUGGAGAAGGUUCGCAGCUUCGUGGCUCUCGCUAAGUCCGAGGGCGCCGUGAUCCACUGUGGCGAAGGCGUGGACCCGCUGGUUCUGCCGGAGCCCAACCGGUCCGGCUACUUCAUGCCGGCCACGGUGAUCUCCGGCGUGUCCGACACCUCCAGGGUCAUGCAGGAGGAGAUCUUCGGCCCGGUCACCUGCAUCAGCCCCUUCGACUCUGAGGACGAGGCCGUCUCCAGGGCCAACGGCGUCCGCUACGGCCUGUCGGCCACCGUCUGGUCCACCGACGUGGGGAAGGUCCACCGGGUCGCCCAGAGGAUCCAGGCCGGGCUGGUGUGGACCAACUGCUGGCUGGUCAGGGAUCUGAACCUGCCCUUCGGAGGCAUGAAGAACUCUGGAGUCGGCCGGGAAGGAGGGAAGGACUCCUUCAACUUCUUCACCGAGGUCAAGACCAUCGCCAUCAAACACUGAGACGACGGAGGAGCUUCAGAACCGAAGCAACCGUCAGCGAUCAGAACACGAGAUCCAAACGUCCUGAGACCGAACCAACAACCAGAACAACUGAUCUAAGUGUCACCUCAGUGUCUCCUGGAAACAUGUCGGCUCCGUCUGGGCUCAACCUGCUGGACGAGUCCAGGCUGACAAACUGGUUCAGAAUCACUCAAACUUCACCAAAAAAUGAUCUGAAACUUUUCCAAGAUGUUCUAGAUUUUGUCUAACUUGACAAAAAUGACUUAAAAUUUGCACAAAACAACUCUGAGCUCAUUUAGGACGACGUGAAACUUCCCCUAAAAUGUGUCUAAAUGAAGAGAAGGUCUAAAUGACCAAAGCUCGGCUCAGUCCGACGGUCUCAGGACGUCUCUCAUGUUGGUUCUCUGCUGAACAUGUAGCUCCAUCACUGAGCACUGAGCCUACACACCUGACAGGUAAAUCACAUCAGAUCCAGUUUGUUCAUAAAGAUCAUUUAGAUUUGACAACAAAACCCAGAAAACAGGACGAACACUCAAAAAUAGAAUCAGUGAAUCUAAAAUACUAAAAUAUUAAUGAGAACCAA